AUGAGGGCUUAUAUAAAUAAACAGAUAAACAAGAGUACUUUGAAAUUUGUAUUAAACAAUUUAUGUGAAAAAAAUAAAUAUAUUUCAUCUCUUAACAAAGAAGUUACUGGCGUUCCUACAUCAUGUUCAAAUGUUUUAAAAUGUCCCGUUGAUUUGCGAGAGAUUAAAAGAAAGAUCACAUCAAGUGAAAUAACAAGGCUUGGAGAACUUCAAAUUUCUCUUUUGAUGAUGUCAUUUAAUGCUGCAAUGAUCAAUCACUCUACCUCUAUWGUUAAUAGUGAUGCUUCUGAUUUUCAAAUGGAUAUCAAAAAGCAUUGCCGGGAAUUUAAAGAUGCUAUCGGUGGAAAUGAUUCUGACAAUCAAAUUUUACCUAAAGAAUCUAAUCCAAAGAAAAUAAAUGACUAUAGUAUUUAUGAUGUACAAUAUCCCAUUGAAUACAAGACUCCCUAUUUUAAGAAUUUAGUUGUUAACAAAAAGACAUUUUCUAAUUUAUUUUAUAAUUAUCUUGAUAAUUCUUCCUGUGAGGACUCUGAUUCUUCUAAUAGUGAUACACUACCACUUAAGAAGAAAAGGAAAUUAAACAUGACCUAUUCUUCCAAUUCAGAAAGUGACUGAAUACCUUAUUGAUUAAGACAAUUUUAUUAAAAAUCACAUGCCCUUAAUACAAUUUAUAUUGUUCUAUUAAUAACUAUAAUUCAUUUUUAUUGUU